GUUUUUCUAUCCACUUUGACCGUUGUGGGGAACACAGAGAAAAACAUUCACGCAAAAUAGAUUAAUUAACUUAGAAUGGCAGUAAUAAAAGUUCCUAUUUGGCAAGUUCCCAUUUCCCUUGUUAGAUCCUGUGCUUACGCAAUUGUUAGACUUUACCAGCAGAGGGCUCUGUGUUCGAAAAUUCUAGCCUUUGGGUGGCAUUCUGGUAUGAACUAUAGGGUAUCUACACUGCACCUCUGCAGGAGUGAGCAAGCUGAAACCGGUUUGCAAGCAGAGUGGGCUAGGAAAGAAAGAGGAGUGGCAUCCGUGUACGACGUCAUCACUGCGGAAUUGACGAAACACUACUUUACUGUGAGACCGAACACCGCUGUCUGUGAGCUUGUGUAACUUGUGUAUCAGCUGGUUCAGGUCUGUGACUAUAGGCAUUGUUAAAACGCCUCUAGUUACUACAAUAUUGAUCACCAGCUGUUGGUUGGGGUCUUAGGGUUGUGAACUACUGUUCGCUAGAAAUAAGGUUAUGGUGUAAUAAGUUAGCCAGCUAGUACGUUAGCAUAUCUGACGUUAUGCACCGUACUUCUGAUAGUGAUGCUGCUAACGAAUACGUCUUUCAAGUCGAGCUCAAACUUUUUCGUGAACUUUUGGUAGCAAAUUAUUAAGCAAGGCUACUACACGUUUCGCUUUAACAAAACGUUCUCCGUUGUCAUCACUCGGCGUUGUCUGGUUCAUGACAAAGCGAAGUCAGACCUUGACCGGUAACGUUGGCUAAUGAGUCUUGCUAAUCAGAUAACGUACCAGCCACCCGGCUCUAACCGCCCUCGAUAGGUUAAACGAUCACGUAGAGCCUGCGACAUACCCAAUAGUACAGAUUAGCAUGCUGUUAGACUAGCAUAGCACCAGAGCCAUGUAAAGAGGUUCUGGCUAAGCACUACAUUUCCCGCAACGACUCUGACACCGGCACGCUAACUUUAACUGGCUAAGCUAGCCAGCAGUUUACCACUCUGCUACCAACAUGAUGCGUCCCUCCUCACAAUGACAAAGUUGGUCUGUGAUUGAUGACAGAAAGAGUAAGGUGUCGAGUUUAGUCCCCAUCAGUCAGCAAGACGGCGAGGGAGAGAGAGGAGCCGGAAGCAGCUGCAUCACCCCGUUCCAGAAUGGAGCUGUUUUUGCAGCAGAGAGGGACAGAGGUGUAACAGGGAGAAAUGCAGGAGAAACAGGACUCUCCAGCCAAAGCCAGCGGCGUCCUGGGAAAGGCUCAUCCGGCUCUGAAAGCCUUCAUGUGCGGCUCCCUGAGCGGCACCUGCUCCACGCUGCUCUUCCAGCCGCUGGACCUGGUCAAGACGCGCCUGCAGACGCUCCAAAACAACAGUCGUCCAGGGGCUCCCAGGGUGGGCAUGAUGACAGUAUUCCUCAAUGUCAUCCGUACGGAGCGGCUGCUGGGGCUGUGGAAGGGAGUCUCUCCGUCCUUCGUGCGGUGCAUCCCUGGCGUGGGGAUCUACUUCAGCACCUUCUACUCGCUGAAGCAGCACUUCUUCCAGGAGCGGGCACCAAACGCAGGCCAGGCCGUGCUGUUGGGGGGAGGCGCUCGCUGUGUGGCAGGGGUCGCCAUGCUGCCCGUCACGGUCAUCAAGACUCGCUUUGAGAGUGGCCGCUAUAACUACGUGAGUGUGUUUGGGGCCCUGCGCAGCGUGUGUGAGACCGAGGGGCCCCGGGCCCUGUUCUCUGGCCUGACUGCCACCCUCCUCAGAGAUGCCCCUUUCUCCGGCAUCUACGUCAUGUUCUACAGCCAGGCCAAGAGGUCUCUCCCACAGGAAGUGACUUCAUCCCCGUAUGCUCCGCUGGUGAAUUUCGGCUGUGGCAUUGUGUCGGGGGUGUUGGCCUCUCUGGCUACGCAGCCGGCAGACGUGGUGAAGACGCAUGUGCAAGUCAGCCCAGACCUCUACCCCCGUACCGCGGACGCCGCACGCUUCAUUUACACGGAGCAUGGCUUGAGAGGGUUCUUCCGGGGCGCAGUGCCGCGCUCCCUGAGGCGGACCCUGAUGGCUGCCAUGGCCUGGACCGUCUAUGAGCAGCUCAUGGCACAGAUGGGGCUCACGUCCUGAGUGCACCUGGACUGGACUGGACUAGAACGUGUGGUGUGCACAUGGCAUUUUAUACAGAACUGAAUUAUGUGAAGGAGAGGAGUGUGUUCAUUUGGAGAGAGAGAGAGAGAGAGAGAGAGAGAGAGAGUAAGAGAGUAUUUAUACUUUGAUGUGGAAGUGUAAAAAAAAAUAUAUUUUCUCACUCCGGAAGGACAACUCAAAUAUGAGUUUGAUGAGACUGAGUGCUGGACUGUCUACAGAAAGUGUUUGUGUUGAAAUCAUUUUCAACGUGAGCCUGUGUGUGUGUGUGUGUGUGUGUGUGUGUGUGUGUGUGUGUGUGUGUGUGUGUGUGUGGUUGUGUGUGUGUUUGUGUAGUGUUCAUGUUGUGGAGAAGACUCCAGCCACACCUAACGCGUGGUGACACUCCUCGGCCCCCAUCUGAUUUGACUGGUGAUUCAGUCAGACAGAGUGACACUCCCAAGAGAAUUUGUUCAGUAUCUAAUCCUACCUUGUCAGCCAUUUCAAGACUCCAAACCUUGCCAACCUGUUGCUCCUAGAUACGUAACUCAGAGUAGCUCUCUGUGAAGGAUGGAAACAGGCCAGUUGGGAAUAGAUGAGUUUACUUAUGUAGAAGAACACAGAAGCUCAGACAAUCAAGAUUAAAUGCAGAUUAUUGCUUUUCUCAGCUGGGCAUGUUGUUUUCCAGCAAGGCACAUAUUAGAAUGGUGAAACUGGAAUCUCUGCUAUGUAGCUACGCUACGCUAAGGGUUGCUAUGCCCUUGGCUAAUAUUAGGUAGCAUGAACUACAACAUACUGAAGAUGCUUAAGGAGUUAUUAAGAGGCUUCAAAAGUUUUAGGUUUUUUUUGCUGUGUGAAUGAAGAUGAUGCCACAAACAUUGUGGUGCCUUUUUUAAAUUGUUUUGUUUCCUGCAAUCCUUUGUAUUGCCCAGUUCCCAUAAUCCUUUGUAUUGCCAACUUCUGCCUUUAUGUAAUUAAUUGAGUUUUGGUGCACUUCCAUCCUUGCAACCACAAGAGGGAGUCUUUGCCUGUCUUACCCAUUCCUUCUCAACAUUGAUGUAACGAAACACGAUCAUUGACUCUUAGCACCAGAAACAGCUCCAAUGAAGUUGGAUGUGGCUGGUGCUGUGUGAUGUGAAUGAUGGUGUGUGUGUGAGUUCCCUCUAGUCACUGUGGUGGUCAUCUCUGUAUGUACAGUUCAGUCCACAACACUGCAGCAUGGGAAGAGAACAUGCCUUUAUGAAGGGACUCAAAAGAUGGCUGGUUUCAUCUUUCAAGUUUUAGCAAUCUGAAAGUCAGCCUUUUGGUGGGGGUUAGCAUUACUACCCAUGCCGAGUCAGAAGGCAAGGCAUUCCUAGCAGGAUUGGAGUUCUCUCAUGUGAAAAGCUCCUUUCCUGCCAACAAUGAGAAAUCUUUUACAGCGGUACAGUAGUAGUAGAUUGGCUGUUGGCUUUUAAAACGAGGCCAUUUUGCUCCACCUGAUUGGAUGGCAGUGUGCAGACUGCAGUGUGGUUCCUGUGCAGCGUUAACAACUGACAGCCAAACCCACACCAGCAGGAGGAGCACAGCCAGUGGAUGGAGGAGUCCGUGGUCUAGUCUCAUCCUCUUUCAUCGCCAUGUAACUUGAGGUUGUUAAUGGCCAAUGGCCAUCACGGCCAAAACCCCUUACGCUAACGUGCAAAUGUGCUUUACUGUUAUUCACAAGUUGGAGUAAAAGUAUUUCGUUUCUUUGUGUUUGUGUACACAAAUGUUGAGUCUAGUGCUGGAUGUGAUCUGGUGUCCUGAGUGAGACCGAGUGUACACGUCUGUGCCAUUCAGUGGAGUCUGCCUUGGCUUUUUGGAAUCUGCAUUCAUCAGUAUUUUUGUCCUCAUGGUCGUUGUAGAUAUUAUCUGUCUGUGGGGGUUUUUUCUUUUGGUAAAGUGUUCCCUGCGUUUUUUUUGUGAAUAAAUCUGUCACCCUUUUUGAUGAA